GUGAAGACGGUUCAACUGAUUCUUAACUGGGAGCAUUUAUAUUGAGAGUUUUUGAGUGAAAACAGCAUUUCAGUUAAAGUGAUUAUACAGUUGUGGGACCAGCCAUAAAGAUUAUUUAGAGAAAUUGUGUGCAUAUGAAAUCUGAGGAUUACAUUGAGUUUCGUGCUGAUUGGUGAUUACUGAAGACAUUUGGAUUAACUAGAUAUUACAUUUAUGGAGAAAUCUGCUUCCGCAACACAAAAUACAAUAUUCACAAAGUUACGAAAUACAAUCACGAGUAAAAUUCAACACUAUGGACUGCUACAUUACACGAACGCACGCGUCAAACAAAUUUCCGUCCCUUGGUACUAUGGAAGGAGACUUAUUCAACAUAAAUGACGAUGUCUUAAUUCAUCUGAACGACAUUUACUUUAAACUGUGCAGCGAAGAUCAAACGUUACGAACAUUUCGCCGGUCAAGUGGAUUCCGGCAAUACAUCAAAAGCAACCUAAUGCCGGUGCUGCUUUGUGCUAAAGAUAAACAAUUGAUUUCCGUUUCCGUUCGAAUAUUUAUUAAUUUAACAACACCGGCCGAAUGUAUGUACGCCAAUUCGAUUGAAAUAAUGCAAAAAACCGAGGUCGGUCGUCAAACCGUAUCCGAUCUGAAUGAAAUCUUAUCGGAAUCGAAGAAAUCAUUUUCGGAUAUGCGAUCGAUACGAGCCAUUGUCGAUUACAUGAAAAGUAUACUAGAAAAAGACUCGAAACUAUCCUUUAUACAAUGUGAUAGCGUGAACAAUUGUCUCAUACUUUUACGAAAUAUUCUACACAUACCCGAUUGUCAGGUGCGCGACGAACCUGAUAAUCUAAUCAAAUAUCAAAAUGAAAUCAUUUGGAAUCUGUUCACGUUGAACAUUGACAAACUGUUGCUGUACCUAAUGUCUUGUGCGCAGAAGGCAUUCUUUAGUGUCACGCUAGCCCAAUUGGUUGCAUUAAUAUACAAAGAUCAACAUAUCAACACGCUUCAGAAGCUGUUGAACUCAAAAUUGGACGACAUUUCGUCUGAUAGUUCGGAAGAUUUUGAGAGCAAUACAACACCAUUGAAACAAGGUAGUGGUGAUUCCAGUCCCUUAAUAUCGUCCGACUCUUCUGACAAUGGUGUAACAUCUAAAGCCAACAUUGAUAGCGUUACUCCCUCAUCUGAUGAAACAACCAAAAAUGAUGAUUCAAUACCCGAACUUUCGCAAAUCAUUUCUAAGAUGAGCAUGGAUACAAGUACGGCAGACGAAGCGAAAGAUGUCGCUACAGCUGCUACAGCCUCUGUAAACGAAUGUUUGCCAACCAGACAUAGUCUAUCUUCUCAGUCAGAACUUUCCGAUUGCGGAUAUGUUACGCAACUCGAAAACCAAGAAUCGACAUCUAGUAACGAAGAUGAUAAACAAUAUCAUCGACGACCGCCGCCCAAUCAAAAGCAACGUUUCAAUGCGGUUAACAAUCCGCGAAAAUCGGUCACAUUAUGUGAACAGGACAGUCGUCGUAAGAAAUUGGUGAAGCGACGAAACGGCAUAAUUAACAUGAUGGGUUUAACGCAACACACGCCAACGGAUGAAGACAUUUCGCAUCUUCUGAAAGAAUUUACAAUUGAUUUUAUGUUAAAAGGAUUUGGUAAUCUUGUAGGCGAAUUACACGCUCAGCUAUUGAUUCCAACAGACUUACAACCGAACAUGGUAGACACGUCUUAUUUCUUCUGGCUGAUCACUUAUUUCUUGAGAUUUGCAGCCCAGUUAGAACUGGAUUUUGAGCAUGUUAAGCGAGUGCUUUCAUACGAUGUCUUAGCAUAUUUAGCAUACGAAGGUGUUAAUUUAUGCGAAGAAUUCGAACUGAAUUGCAGUCAAGAUGGGCUUGACUUAAAGCCAUGUUUCCAGAAAAUGCAUUUGCUGGUAACUGCUAUAAAAGAAUUCAUUCAGACUCUGUCGAUGUACAAGAAAUUUUCGUUUCUGAAUACGACCGAUCAAAAUCACAUACAACAGCUGAGCAUUCAAAUAUCAUCAACUUCUGAUUUACACUGCCUGUUUUUGCUGCUGCUACGACACUAUAAUCCUACACUGCAGAAUAAACAAUAUUUAGAGGAUUUGAUCGUAUCGAAUCACUUGCUAUUGGUGCUGUUGGACGAUGCGGCUAAAUUGCAUAAUUCCGCUGGAAGAAUCAAUUUAAUGGAACAUAUCGAACAAUUCUCAACGGUGGAAGUUAUGUACCAUUAUGGUUUGCUGCUCACCGAUUUUGAACAUAACGGCGAAUAUGUGAACGAUUGCAUUUUUACGAUGAUGCAUCACAUUGGUGGGGAGAUCGAACAAAUCACCGCACUGUUUCAGCCAGUCAUACUGAAAACGUUUUCGAAAAUCUACGAAACUGAAUACAUGCUGUGUGAUGACUGGUCUGAUUUGAUCGAGUAUGUUAUCAACAAAUUUAUAAACACACAGCAAAGUUCUCUGGUAAUGACAAACGCUCGGGAUGGAUCUGUGGCUAACAAAAAGUGCAUUGAGGGUAACACUUGGGAUAAUUGGAUAAAGGAAGAAAUCAGUACACUCUACUGGUAUUACGUACAAAGCAAGAAGAGCAGAGAUAUUAUCGGAAAAAUAGUGAAAUUAUUUAAAAAUAGCGAUACCAAAGAAAAGUCUCGCCUCUCUGUCAUCCAACAACUGUUAAAACAAGACAUCAUCACAUUGCUUGAAUACGAUGAUUUGAUGAAAUUUGAGGACAUUGAGUACGAGAAAAAGGCAAAAACCUCCGACUCGUCGAGCAGUGGUGAAUCGGGAAUAAGUAUGAACGAUUCAGGCAGCGACGAACGAGCUGCGGACGACAUUGAAGUUUUGCGUGAAAGUUUGAUUCAGGAAAACAAAGGCAAAUCAAUUUUGUGGCUGCAAAAAAGUUUGGUUGACUGUUGUUUCGUCAAACUGGCGCAGAAUAGCAGACCCAUCUACAAGCAACCAAAUCUCUUGACGAGCACAAAAAUCAUGAAACCUGUGCCGUACCACUAUGUUUUGAAGCAUCAAUCCGUACCAGUGGUACCGUGGAACACCGAACAGAGCACCAUUCUUAUGCACAAACCAUUUAUGUUGCUGUUACAUAAAUUGGGUUUUCAUUUGCCCGUCGAUACGGGUAAAGUGUUCGUUCGCAUUCCAGAAUUUUGGAGCGCUGACGUUCUCUAUACGGUCGCCGAAAAACUGGGACCAAUUGAUAAAUCUAUGCUAAAAUUUGACUUGAGCGAGUUGAACAAAAGUGCGAUGAACCUGGACUACAAUUACUUACUGGGGAAUAAUUGUCCCGUAUUUGGUAUUAAGCGGAGCAGUCCAUUGUUGAGCUCAUGUCCAACGAUGACGGACUCAUCCAUUCAAUCAACGACAAAUAAAUCAUCCGGCCAAACAUUACUAAAAGCGAAAAGUAGAGAAACAUCGACAAAAAAUAAGACAAAGAAAAAAAUGCUGGACGUGUUGGAAGAGGAAGAAGAUGAAAAUGAGUACAAUUUGGUAAACACAACAUCAAUCAAUUGUGAAACCGCAUCGGUGCUAUCAGAUUCAACCCGAAUAUACGACCUUUAUGUUAGCGACGAAGAGGAUAAUUUUGACCGCAUCAAUUAGGGAUAUGCUUUAUCGAUGUGAAUUUGUUAAACGUACGGUCGUUUUAUUAAUUUUUUUUUUUUUAAAUUGUUUGUCUUGACUACAGUUGAGCGCAUUUAUCAAAAUAUUGAAAUUUGCGGCAGCUGUUUCUAAAAUUGUGAUUGUUUUACGUAGAUUAUGGUUAUCAUAUAACUGUGACUUAUUUUCGAUAGCUUUUAUGAUCUCAACUGUCGGGCCACUAGAAAAAUAUUUACAAAAUUGUGCUUUGAUUUCUCUAUUACCUACCUACCUACACAGCCUUAAUGACAGAUGAUUUUAACACGUUCCGAACACUUUCAAUUUUCAUUUUUCCGAUAGCUUUUUAGAGCUUUUUCGCAAAAAAUUGAAUGUAAAGUAGGGCGGCCCUUGGUUUUUCAGACUAAUUUGAGCAUUCGAAUUUAACGGACACAAUUUUGCGUGUUACCAUAUAAAAGCAUAUUAGACAGUUUGUGCAAAUGACGCAUUAAUUUAUAAGUUGGAAAUUA